AUGUCCAGAAUCCCAUCCAUUCCACUUCUAUCGCAUACUCAUAGCAUGCCAAACCUUUGGACCUUUUGGGAGCAUGUGCAGAGCACUGAUGCAGCUAGCAGAUACCUCUUUGAUCAAGCGGUUUUCUAUACUGAGGAAUCUGGUUAUGUCGUUGAAUGCCGUAAUGGAACCCCAAUGCGUCUUGGUCGUUCUGGUGCUCGUGGUCUGAUUGAAGGCUCCAUUAGAGCGUGUACUUAUGGUGAUUUACCUUUUCAUGGCGCGUACACGUAUGACCCAGCUGGGAUGAUGACUGGCUUGGAACGCCUGGACAUUGCGUACCAUUGUACAAGGCCUCACUAUGUCAUGGAGCAAGAUCUAACUAUGGAUGACGUAAAAGUUGGUGGAAAGGAUCCCGAGACCAAUGAACGAAUUAUCGUGGAGAUCGAUGAAAGCAAGUUUGGGAAACGCAAGGAUAACCGUGGUCAUCCCGUUGAUGGCGUUUCGGGUCGUAGGCGGUGUUGA